CACCCAUGGCUUCGCUCCUGAAACUUCGCAAGCCUAUUCCCUCGUCUCUCACCCUCUCCUCACUCUCUCUGCGCCGCUUCUCCACCUAUGGGGCGGAGGCGGAGGAGAAGAAAGCGGAAGCGUUAGAGAGCUUCAUUCACCCUUCGGCAAUCGUGCAUCCCAAUGCUGUGAUCGGACGGGGUGUUUCGGUUGGUCCUUUCUGCACCAUUGGAUCCUCUGCACGGCUUGGGAAUGGUUGUCAAUUGUAUCCUGGGAGCCAUGUAUUUGGAAAUACGGAUUUGGGGGAGCGAUGCGUCUUGAUGACUGGUGCUGUGGUUGGUGAUGAUCUUCCUGGACGAACAGUCAUUGGAUGCAAUAAUAUUAUAGGGCAUCAUGCCGUGGUUGGCAUUAAGUGCCAAGACUUGAAGUACAAGCCAGGUGAUGAAUGUUUCCUUGAUGUUGGGGACAACAAUGACAUAAGAGAACAUGCCUCAAUCCACCGAUCUUCAAAGUCAAAUGAUCGGACGGUUAUUGGCGAUAACAAUCUUAUCAUGGGAUCUUGUCAUAUUGCCCAUGAUUGCAAGAUUGGUAACAAUAAUAUUUUUGCAAAUAAUACUCUUCUAGCAGGCCAUGUUGUGGUGGAAGACUAUGCUCACACUGCAGGUGCCAUCGUUGUUCAUCAAUUUUGCUGUGUUGGUUCUUUCUCUUUUAUUGGCGGGGGUUCUGUGAUUUCACAAGAUGUCCCGAAGUACAUGUUGGUAGCUGGAGAAAGAGCUGAGCUUCGUGGCUUGAAUGUAGAGGGUCUUCGGCGUCGUGGAUUCACAGUUGCAGAGAUAAAUAGCCUGAGAAUGGCUUAUAGAAAGAUAUUCAUGCCUGUUGAUGUGAAUUCAAAUGGUUUGGAGGAGCGUCUUGCCGAAGUGGAGCAGAAUGAAGAAUUGGCUCACAUUCCAGCUGUCUGUUCCAUGAUGCAGUCUAUUCGUAACUCGUUUGCAGAAAACCGCCGUGGAAUUUGCAAGUUCAGACAUUGGAGUGGCUCUUGAAAGCAUGCUUUGUUGAGUGUGGUUUCUUCUUCCAUCAAGAGCAAGUCUUUCCCAAUUCUGUUCAAGUCAUGAAGGGUGUAAUUUUUUUUUUCCUUUUGCAUGAUUGCAGUGAAAACUGUGGUUUGGACCUUUUCUCUUACUAGCUUCUGCCUAACAGCUUUUGUUUGUAAAAGCUGCUGUCGACUAUUCUGUAUUGUGACAACUCAAUACUCGUGUAGCUUUAGGUUGACUUUGUUUGAAGGUUAAAUCUGUCGCAGUUCACUGUAUCUUUUAGAAGAAUUCUUGUACAAGUCAAGGCUGUAAUGAGAAGGAAAGUUGCAGCUGCAAAACUGUUUGGUAGAAACAGAUUAUAACAGAAGUGAUGUACCUAUAUGAAUUAUGCCUUAAAAGCACCAGCAGGUUGUGGAAGUACAUCUAUUUUUCCUGAUUCUUGA